AUUUUCGACCAGUUAGUCGGUAAAACUUUCCACUUAAUCUCCAAAAGUUUUAUUUGACCCCAUCUAGAAUAUUUAAAUAUCGUGUUUCCUCUCUCACUCCGAUGGGAUUAGAAUACUCUUGUGUAUAUCCAACGGUGAACUACGAAAUUAGUUCGAGGACUGAAAUUCAAACCUUAGGAAAAGCGCCUAAAACCAUUGAACCCGUAUCCAUCACAAUAUAGGCAUCUCACUAAUGACCUUUCAAUGACUUGGGGAAAAUUUGACUAAUUGCUCAAGGCGGUUGGUCCAAUAUAAUAUAAAUUAAUAUGAUCAUUGUAAUUAUGGGACCAUGUGGUUGCGGAAAAUCAACAGUAGGAAAUUCGUUGGCGAUUCGAACUAACUGGCCAUUUAUAGAAGGUGAUGACUAUCAUUCUGAUAGUAAUCGAUUUAAAACGUCUAUGGGAAUUCCGCUGAAUGAUGAAGAUCGUUUGCCAUGGCUUCGGUCCCUAAGAAAUGAGUUAAUGCAACACAAGAAUGCCAUAUUAGCAUGCAGUGCUUUGAAAAAGUCGUACCGAAAUAUUUUAUCCAGUAGCAACGAUGCAAAUUGUCAAACAAGAACACUUUUUGUGUUGCUGAGUGCAAAUAAAAAUCUGCUACAGAAACGGGUCAGUGAGCGCAAGGGACAUUUUGCACACCCUUCACUUAUAGAAAGUCAGUUAGAAACAUUGGAAUCAUUUGGAGAAGAUGAAGAAUAUCUUGUUAUUGAUGCUAGUAACUCUCUUACGGAUAUUACUCAACAGAUUAUCAAUAGUUUGUCCACAGGAGAACAUUUCUUCAAACAAUAAUCUUACUCCAUGUAUACAAAUAAAUCUGGAGACGACCCAAUGAAAGCGUCACAAUUCUGGGAAUUUUCACAUUCAGGACAGCUCAGAUUUCGAAAUUUCCAAUGAGAAGCAUACGCUCACUUAUAAAUAGUACUUUAGAAAAACAAAAUAUAUCGUUGAUGAAUUGGAAUCGCUUGAAAAGCUAUGGGAAUAUAGAUUUCAUUAUUUUAUUAUGCAAGGACAUAUAGCUAGAAGAUGAAAAUAAUUGGAAAAUGUAUAAAGGCAAAUCUGGGUGAUUUUAUUAUGGCUUUAGAUGAGAAAAUAAAAAGGACCAUUCCGAAUUCCAAAUAGAAACUAGUGAAUUGCUGGAGCAACUGAUUUUGACGUCACAAAAAGAACCAGACUUCAGACGAUCAUCAAAAAAUGCUACAUUGAACUAAAAAUACAAAGGUGUGAAAGAAAGCAACCUAAAAGAAUAUUGCUUCAAGAUGACAUUUAUUGUAACUAUUUCCUCUAAUUAUACAAAAAAGUGAUCAGAUAAUGCUUCAAAAGCGUCUCAACAUAUAUAUAAUAAGGCGAGUGGUAGAGUGCAACGUUUUUUAUACUAACCAACAUAUAGAAACUAAUAGUUUUAGGACAAAGAUGUAUAUAACCAAGCUAGCUCAGUCAUGAUACGAAAAUUAUGUCUGAGCAGACUCAACGAUUGAUAUCAAAAUAAUUUCGGCGUUCCUUCUGGCA